AGUGCCUGAUCAUGUACCUUGGUGAAGAUGCAAGCUGUCUGAUCAAAGAAUACCAGGCUGACAAGAGGGAGGAAGCGGAGAGAGAAUUUGAAAAGACCACUAUGGCAUUUUUUGUGAUCCGCGAAAGUGAUGCUCUUAGUCGUGCGCUGGACACUUCCAUUGUCAUUGAAGGUGUGGAAGUACUAAAGGAGUUGCCCUCUGUUGCAUGUGCCUGUGCCAUGAUGUUUGGACUCAUUUAUGCACUGAACUUAAAAUAUCCUGAAGGACUCAAAUAUACCUUUGAGGCCUUUCAGAAAAUUAUCAUGGACAUAGAGAGUAAGCAGAUGAGCCGAAGGGUGCAGAACCUCUCUUCAAAGCUGCAGGAGUAAAUUUGUUUCCUUUGACCCAGCUACAAUGUUCUGCUGAUGGUAAAUUUCUUUGAAGAUGUUGGACUGUAUAAAGCCUUUUAUACAAAUUUAACUGUACUACUGUUUACUAA